CUUGGUUGUUGUGGUCGGAGUAGAGGUUGCAGCUUGUUCAUGUAAACAACACUGCAGGAUGAGAAUUGGACGUUUUCUCUUAUAGCUGUUGUUCUCUCCCCUUAACAUGGCACAGCCGGCGGAGAAAGCUUACUAUCGCUUUGUGGUGCUGUUCUUCAACUGCCUGUUAACAUUUGGCUCCUAUUUCUGCUUUGACAUCCCCAGUGUCUUACAGGAUCAGUUCCAAGGGAACCUGACAUGCAAUGCAACAGUGAUCAAUGGGACAGUGGACUGUGUGGGGGGACUGGGGAUGACCCCUCAAGAGUACAACCUUCUCUAUGCUAUCUAUGCAUGGACGAAUGCAGUAGUAGUGAUCUUAGCUGGGUUCCUGAUUGACAAACUAGGAAACCGCUUUGGGGUGUUUCUGUUCUCUUUCUUGUGUGUGUUGGGCUCAUCCCUGUUUGCACUGGGUUCCCACUUCAGAGGAACCCCGUAUCUGCUGCCGCUAAUGCUCACAGGCCGACUGCUGUUUGGAUCCGGCAAUGGAUCUCUGACCAUUGUUCAGAAUCGCAUCACAGCCUUCUGGUUCAAGGGGAAGGAGCUGGCUUUGGCCUUUGGUCUGACCUUGGCUUUCUCUCGCCUGGGGUCAGUCCUGAACUUCUUUCUCACUCAGAAAUUUGAAGAACAAUAUGGCAUGCAGUGGACACUCUGGGGUGGUGCAUUAUUGUGUGUGCUGGGCUUUGCAUCCGCCAUCAUCGUCAGCACCCUGGACAAGGUAGGAAUGAGGCAGCUGGGUCUUGAUGGUGCCAUCCAGGAGGAGUCUCGCAAAGUGAGAAUUCAGGAUGUGAAACUCCUAUCGCUAAGAUACUGGUUGCUGGUUCUAACUAUCAUGUUCUUCUAUAAUGGCAUCUUCCCCUUCAUUGCAGACGCCAGUAAAUUCAUUCAGGAUAAGUACAAUGGCUACAGUCAGAAGGAGGCAGCUUAUAUCGCCGGGGCAGUUUAUGACAGCUCACUAGUCCUCUCAGCCAGCGUCGGCAUUCUCAUUGAUUAUGUGGGUCUGCGGGGGGUCUUCGCAUUGGGCUGCGCUGUCCUCACACUGCCUGUGUUUGGUCUCCUGGCCUUCACCUUCGUCCCUCCUCUGGUUUCCACCAUUUGGCUGGGAGUCACCUACUCAUUUGCUGCUGCAAGCAUGUGGCCGUCUAUUCCCCUUGUGGUACCUCAGGCGACUCUGGGAACAGCCAUGGGUCUGGCUACCUCCAUACAGAUGAUUGGGAUUGGGCUGUCCAAUUUGGUUGUUGGGCAGAUUUUGGGCACCAAAUCUAGUGAAAAGAUUCCACUGUGGCGUUGGCAGAGGAUGAUGAUCUUUAUGUUGGCCAACACCAUCAGCUGUAUCAUCACAUCAGUGCUACUCAAUAUUGUUGACCACAGACAGGGCGGGAUCCUGAACAAGACAACUAAAAAAUCCGGGCAGGCAGAGAGAGAUGAGGACAGAGAGCCGCUCAACCAGGCAGAGGAAGAGCAAAAUGAGGAUGAGGAUGAUGGCGCAGUCCGAUCUCACUCAGUCAACUCAUGAGUUUUUCAUGUUAAAGGACCAGUGUGUAAGAUUUAGUGGGAUAUGUUGGCAGUAUGUUUUAAUAAUGUACAGUUACUGAGAAUUAGAUUCAUUGCAUUCCAAUCAGUUGGUCAUUUGGUUGCAAUCUGCAUCCCCACCACUAGAUGGUACCGAAUCCUGCACACUGGACCUUUAACACUUAGUUUGAAGAUUUCUUUCUCUCUUCCCCUUUUUAUAUAUUUGUUACAUGUACCACUUUUCAGACAGGACUCAGCAUAUUGUACUCUGCACUAACACCACACUACUUUUCCAUAUCAUGUCUUUGGUUGCUGCAGGGAAAUAAAUCAAAAUGAAUCCGUUAAACAGUAUUUACACCCAAACAGUAUCUGUACUUUAUAUUAAAUGUGAACCACAUAUUGCAGGUUUUUCUUUUAAGAUUUUGUUGGCAUAGACGGGUUAGGGUUUAUUUAGCAGUAGACUGACAGGAAACAUGGGAGAGAGAGGGGUGUGUGACAUGCAGCAAAGGACUUCUAAUCGGGAUUCGAACCGGGGUCAGCUGCAUAUAUGGCAUGCACUCUCACCACUCGACCACCUGCACGCCAUAUUGCAGGAUUUUCUAAUGAUGCCAGUAAGUAGGAUUCCACAAAAAGUUGAACUAUCACUUAAUUUAAAAAAAAUGUUUUGAAGUUGAAACACAUUACUCACUCAGCUAUCAACUGUACUGCCAUAACUGACUGUGAGGAUCUUACUGAUGUUACUGAAUAAUUGUUAUGUCCUGUCUCAGUGCAUACCACAGAAAUUGAAAGUCUGUUUUCUAUAUGUUGUUUUUCUAAUGAAAGAGUGAGGCUUGACAGCUGUAUGUUUGAGGCUAGAGAUUUCAUUAUAUGGUUGAAUAAGGGAAUUUGAUCUGUUUUACAUUGCCAAAACAGGAGCAAUAAAAUGCUGCUAACUGUU